AGGCUCAAUGUAUUUGCAGGCUCAUCACCGUCUAUCUCUCUUAUUGCACGGAAUGGGCUCCCCCUUGAAUUCAUGACAUCGCUAGUGAGGUCGAAUGUGCCAAAGGAUUGUGACGAAGGCAUUGUUCCGGAGCUGCCUCUAAGGUCGCUUCAGUUUCUGAGGUCUAGAUGCUAGUGUUCUGCAACUUGGAGUGCUCACUCUGCGCAUGGGUGUGAUUUCGUGAUUAGGUAACUAGAGAGUGGAUCUCGAGUUAGGACGUCAGUGAUUCCAUGCGGGAGUGAAACUGCCGAGCCUCGACAAAUGCAGUGAGCUCGGUGAGCAAUUGGUCUUUUGUGACGAGGGUUUGAGUCGCCAAUCUGAUGAACUAGAGCUUACAGAGAAAGGUGGACGAUUUGUGCUGACAGCAGAGGAUUGGGACCCAACAAAGUCAGAGCGAUGCAGACGCUAGUGAGAACUCGUGACUAAGUUCUCGGUUCUUUCCUCGGCAACGUGGGAUUAGAGAGCAUGGGGUAGUGAGGAACUGCUCCAAAUUGCUAAACAAAGUUGCUACAUGGCCAUUAGAUCUGGAUGUGCCCUAACUUAGAAUAGCCCUAGUUUGGAUUUUGUUCUGCACAUUCAAUCCAGAUCACAAUCCCAGGAAUAAGCCAGCUGGAAGCGCCUACAGAUUCUGACAUAUUCCCACCACAUGCUAAUUACUCCCCUUCGUUAGGGUCUCCUGGCAUCAAGCAGCACGUUCCUCCGACGACGGUGGUCACGGUUCUGAGGCUUCACGGAUGAAGCUGCAGGCCGAUGUCUGAGGAUAAUUUUGAAUGCAAACCUUCAUAGUACACAAUCUGGUAUUUACCUGCUUUUGUUGGCUCAAUUCAAAAUUCUGUCGACAGCAACAACAGUGAAUUGCAAAGUGCGCCACAAUUUAUAGUUCAUUGGCACAGCCAAUCGAGUGACACCAACAGCUGUCAAAUGUAUUGCGGUGUGAUUCAGGGCUGUUGUGACUGGAUUCCCUGAGCUCCUCCACGACUUUGUGGCAAUCAGUCCAAGUUGCACAGAAUAGCUUAUCCAGCUGUGAAAGAAUUCGAGCAUGAUGAGUUUGUAAGUCUGUAGAAUCUGGUAGUUUACAGGAUGAGUCGGGUCAUGUUAUCAUCAACCCUGGAAAGCAUGUUUCCAUUCGGGUAAUUUCAUUGAGUACAAGGUGAGUCUAUUCUACGUUCAGUGGAGGUGUACGAGUCGAAGGAAAUAUGGACUUAGAGAAGAUGGCGGAGAAAAGCGGACACGGAGCAGGGCCUCUGGCGAAGCUCGGAAAGCUUUCCUCAUUUCUUUUUAGGGGUGGCCUCAGGAUUGCACGCCUUGCCUUGGUGGAUGUCAGUGCUUCGGAAUUAAUGAUAGAGGAUGCAAUUAGUGCCGAAGACUGCGGGCCAACAUCAAAGACGAUGGCAGAUAUUUCAGAUGCAUCUAAGAACUACGAUGACUACAUGCGCAUCUUGCAUGUUCUCCGCGGAAGUUUGGCCUUAUCUGCGACGAAAAAAUGGAGGGAAGUAUUGAAAACAUUGACUAUCAUGGAGUAUCUCCUAAUUCAUGGUUCAGAGUCGUUCCUCGUGGAGUUCAGGGAUCUCAAGAAUCGCAUUGGAGACCUGACACACUUCGUGUUUGUGGACGAAAAUCUGGUUGACAGGGGGUCAGCUAUUCAGAGUAAGGCCAAGCAAGUCAAUCGACUUCUAAUGGACGAAAAUUAUUUCAGGGAGGAGCGUAGACGAUCCCAGACUGUGAAGAAAAGCAUUCAUGGAUUUGGCAGCCAAUCCUUCAAAUCUUACAGCAGCAGCGAUCUAUGUCAGCGGCCAGCUUUUGAAAAGUGCAGCUCUUAUCCCCAUACCCCGAAGGUAGAAAAAACAGAUCAAGCCGACAUCGAUCGAAAGGAUGAGGCAUCUGGCAACAACCCAUCCUCUCCAUCUCCUCACAGAAGUGCAAGUUGGAGCACCUCCACGUCUCCAGCGAACAGCAGCUCGCAGAUGAGCAACGCCAGCACCGACUGGGACUCUUUCGACGAGUCCCCAACGUGGUCGGAAUGUUUCAAGUCAUCGGGCUCCCCCAUCGAAGGCGGAUGGGCGCCACCGAUACGAGACACAUCCUUCACUCGCAAAAUCUCGGUAGAUUUGGAGCUGAGUAGCACGGCUUCCAGCAGGCGCGAGGUUGUGUCCAAGCUGCCACCGCCUCCACCAGGGGGCUCCAAAGUGGGUGCUAGCGCACAACGAAACAGCUCCAUUCACCGACCCACCAAGUCUGUCCCCGACUUAAUUCUCAUGUGAAAUUCCAUUAUUCUGCCUCGAUUGUAAGCUGGGAAAAAACCACUCUCCCCAGAUGCGGAAUCCAAGCAUGCGCUGUCGCUCAUCUCUUAGAUUCCGUUUCGUUCCGACCUGAUCCAAUCCAACCCAUCCAUCUAGUGCGACCAAGUUAAUGUGCUUGUUGACUUGGGGUCUAGCAUGUGUCUCCGCUUGCUCCUCAUCGUCGGCUCCCCUCCGAUAGCUGCUCCCGAGGCUUCCAUCGCCGACACAAGAUGCGGUGACGUGGUCCUUCGAUGAGCACGAGGCGACACUAAAACACUACAUUUCACUACAAUGUUUAUGGAAAAGUAAACGUUGUAAUUGUUGCACUUGUUACUAUUGUCAUUGUUGCUGUUGCUAUGGAGCUUCUUGUUCCCGUCUGGAAAAAAUAGCUGUUGCACACAAUCUCGAUUGUGACACAUCAUCUUGGUCUGAUUUAUCUCUUGUGGGUUAGACUCCUGUCAUUUGAAGAACAUUUUAAAAAUAAAAAAUGAAUUAAAUACCAA